AGGAGUCAUCGGGAAUUAACAGACAGCAGCAAACAGCAAGAGUAUGGCACUCUAUGUGCACCUGUGUGUACGUGACACGGGCAGACAAUAUUUGAUCCUGGAAGUUUCACUGCGUACCGUGCUUUUUACUUUUUUAUCUGUAUAUUUGUUUUUUUAGCCUAUUAGGCUUCUUUUUACUUUUCCCAUUGGAGACUUCUCUUUUCCUUUUUUUGGUUUUGUUUUGUUAUUUCAAUUAUCAGGACGAAUAUGGCAGAUUUCCCUUCCAAGGUUACCACGGAGACAGGCUCCCAGAACGCUCAGCAGGGGGGCAACAGCCUCAGCGGGCUGGCAGCUAAUGCAACCGCUAGAAUGGACAUGUCUUUCAUCAGGAGCCUCCCAUCUGCCCUCAUGAUGGCUCAAAUAGGUUUGGGGCUGCUCCACUGGACGCUGAUUGCCAGCUCGCCUUACAUGCGGGCGCCGGCCAAUGGCUGGGUGCUGUUUGUGGCCGUCACUUUUUGGCUUCUCACCAGCAUCCUGUUCCUUAUGAUCCUCUUUGGUGCCCAGAGGAGACUCGCCGCUGUGCCUUGGCCACUCGUGGUGAUGGUGUACCAUGGAGUCGCCACAAUCCUCUAUCUGACCGCCUUCCUGGCCAAUGCUGCAUCUGUUCAGCCCUUCUACCACAGCCACUUUUUUGGACAUAUGGCUGCUGCUGCUUUCUUUGGCGCCGUGGUGAUGGUGGCAUACGGCGUCAGUGCUUAUUUCUCCUAUUUGGAUUGGAAGGGAGAUGGAGGAAACGCCGCCACCAGUACAGUGCCCACCUAAGAGUCAAUGAAAAGCCUCACAAAGACUAAUUGAUAAAGCAAGAUCCUGUUCAUGGUUUAAGCAAUCAGCAAGGAGUCACAUGAUUGUUGUUGCCCAAGGAUCGCAGAUUACACUCCACAUUCUUGCCAUAGACCAAACCUGUUCUUCCUUUGGUCAAAACCAACGUGCUGCCUUUCAUCAAUACCAGUCUAAUACUGCUGCAGAACUCACUUUUUUUCUCAGCUCAUAUUUGGUAAUAGACGCAGCACCUGUAAAUAUAUAUUUUAAAUGCGAAAACAGUACACGGCACGUACAUCACUUUUCCUUUUUUAAACUUGGUGAGCACGGGUGCUCAGUUAUGCAUAUGUACAAAA